CAGAUUUGGUACAAGUAUAUUCACAUGGAAGAGAUGCUUGGGAAUAUCGCCGGGGCUAGACAAAUAUUCGAGCGGUGGAUGAAGGAUGGGUCACCCGAUCAACAAGGUUGGCUCUUGUUUAUUAAAUUCGAACUUAGGUAUAACGAAAUCGACCGUGCACGAUCACUCUACGAUGGACUUGUUCUUUGGCAUCCGAAAGUUUCCACUUACAUUCGAUACGCUAAGUUCGAGAUGAAAGGAGGUGAAACUGCGCGUGCAAGGAAUGUGUACGAACGCGCCAUCGAGGUGUUUGCGGACGAUGAAGAACUCUUUGUGGCUUUUGCUGAAUUCGAAGAAGGCUGCAAGGAAGUGGAACGAGCUAGGUGUAUCUACAAGUUUGCUCUGGAUCAAAUUCCUAAAGGAAGAGCAGAGGGUUUGUAUAAGAAGUUUGUUGCGUUUGAGAAACAGUAUGGUGAUAAGGAAGGGAUUGAGGACGCCAUCGUUGGCAAGACAAGGUUUGAAUAUGAAGAUGAAGUAAGGAAGAACCCUCUGAACUACGAUUCGUGGUUCGAUUACCUUAGGCUAGAAGAGAGUGUAGGGAACAAAGAUAGGAUCAGAGAAAUCUACGAGAGGGCUAUUGCUAAUGUUCCACCGGCAGAGGAGAAACGGUACUGGCAGAGAUAUAUCUAUCUUUGGAUUAAUUAUGCACUCUUUGAAGAGAUUGAAACUGAAGAUGUGGAGUGUACGCGACUUGUAUACAGAGAAUGCCUCAAGCUUAUCCCUCACGCCAAAGUUUCUUUUGCUAAAAUAUGGUUGCUCGCUGCACAGUUUGAGAUAAGGCAAUUAAAUCUCACUGGUGCUCGGCGGAUAUUAGGUAAUGCGAUUGGAAAAGCUCCAAAAGACAAGAUAUUCAAGAAGUACAUUGAGAUGGAACACGAUCUGGGAAACGUAGAUAGGUGUAGAAAACUAUAUCAACGGUAUCUUGAAUGGUCUCCUGAGAACUGCUAUGCUUGGACCAAGUUUGCUGAGUUAGAAAGGCCCCUUGCUGAAACAGAGCGAGCUAGAGCCAUAUUUGAACUUGCAAUAUCUCAGCCUGCUCUUGACAUGCCCGAGGUGCUGUGGAAGGCAUACAUUGAUUUUGAGAUAUCACAAGGGGAAGUAGAGAGGACACGAGCUUUAUAUGAGCGACUCUUAGACCGUACAAAGCAUUACAAGGUCUGGGUUAGUUUUGCAAAGUUUGAAGCGCAACAACAAGAAGAUGAUGUUACAGACUGCAUCAGACGUGCUAGAGCGGUUUUCGACAGAGCCAACACGUAUUACAAGGACUGCACACUGGAUCUGAAAGAAGAACGUGCGUCACUAUUGGAAGAUUGGCUGAACAUGGAGACGAGCUUUGGUAAGCUAGGAGAUGUUGAUCUCGUUCGACCGAAGCUCCCUAGGAAACUCAAGAAGAGAAAGGCCAUCACUACAAAAGACGGUUCUACAGAGUACGAAGAAUACUCUGAUUGUGUUUUCCCAGAAGAAUCGCAGACUAAGAAUCUCAAGCUUGUUGAGGCUGCAUAUAAAUGGAAGAAGCAGAGGCUUGCUGCUGUUGCUUCGUAAGAUUCAAGAUUAAUGGUUUUUUCUUUUUCUUUCUUGAGUUUAUAUCAACAAAACAAUACGGUUAUAGCUGUUGUAUUCUUCAGUUGAAGUCCAUCUUUUUUCUUUUAUGAGAUAUUCCGAUGUAUAUGAGGAUGAUGUACAUUA